CGCAGCACCACACAUUGUGACUAAGCGCUCACCCUGUGUGUCUGCAGCUCCCUUCUUUCUUGGGUGACAUCCGGCGGCUAGACAUUCACCAUGUCUAUUCUGAAGGUGCAUGCCAGAGAGCUCUUCGACUCUUGUGGGAACCCCACUGUUGAGGUGGAUCUCUACACCGCAAAAGGUCUCUUCAGAGCUGCUGUGCCCAGUGGUGCCUCAACUGGUAUCUACGAGGCUCUAGAGCAAACCGCUGCUCUAGAGCUUCGGGACAAUGACAAGAUGCACUAUCUGGGGAAGGGUGUCUCCAAGGCUGUUGAGCACAUCAAUAAAACUAUUGCACCUGCACUGGUUAGCAAGAAACUGAGCGUGGUGGAGCAGAAGAUCGACAAGCUGAUUAUUGAGAUGGACGGGACGGAAAAUAAGUCUAAAUUCAGUGACAAUGCCAUACUAGGAGUGUCCCUGGGAUUCUGCAAGGCUGGGGCUGUUGAGAAAGGGGUGCCCCUGUACUGCCACAUUGCUGACCUGGCUGGCAACACCGGGGUCGUCCUGCCAGUUCUGGCUUUGAAUGCCAUCAACGGUGGUUCUCACACUGGCAACAAGUUGGCCAUGCAGGAGUUCAUGAUCCUCCCCGUAGGCACCGCCAACUUCAGGGAAGCCAUGCGCAUGGGCCGAGAUUUACUACACCCCAAGAACGUCAUCAAGGAGAAGUAUGGGAAAGACGCCACCGACGAGGGGGAGGAAGGUGGCUUUGCUCCCAACAUCCUGGAGAAUAAGGAAGCCCUGGAGCUGCUAAAGAAUGCCAUCGGGAAAGCCGGCUACACCGAUAAGGUGGUCAUCAGCAUGGACGUGGCUGCCUCCAAGUUCUUCAAGUCUGGGAAGUAUGACCUGGACUUCAAGUCACCCGAUGACCCCAACAGGUACAUCACCCACGACAAUCUGGCCAACCUGUACAAGUCCUUCAUCAAGAACUACCCAGUAGUGUCUAUUGAAGACCCCUUCGACCAGGACGACUGGGAAGCGUGGUGCAAGUUCACUGCUAGCACAGAGAUCCAGGUGGUGGGGGACGACCUCACAGUGCCCAACCCGAAGCAGAUUGUCAAGGCCAUGAGCGAGAAGUCGUGCAACUGCCUCCUAUGUGCAAAAUAA